GUUUAAUAACUGUAUAAAAUAAUAAUACUAUAGACUAUAUUUUUAUUUAAAGGAUGCCUAGACAAAACCCAUUCACUCGUCGUAUAUCGUCAACCGAGAAUAUGAAUAAAAUUGAAAACAACUUCCUAUCAGUACCUCAACUUUCAACACAGCAUCCAGCCAAACUUUCGCAAGGAUCUUUAUCUGAUUCGGCCUUAAAAGUGCCUAUUCGGCCAUUAACGUAUAAAAAUGUACAGUCUCGUACAAUCAGCGUACGACCAUCUCGUUUCAUUAAAGCUUCAGCGCCUACCUUUUCCACUUCUUCACCAAUGAUUUUAAAUGAAUCCAAUAAUAAUGUCUCAAUUCAUUCAACCGAGAUGACUUCUUUUAUUCGACUAUUUGAUACAUAUACUCAAAAAAUGUAUAUGGAAGGCUAUUUAAUGAAACAUAAUAAUUCAAUAAACUUACUAAACGAUCAUAGCGAAGACAGUGAUAAAAAGUCUCGUACAAAAAUGUAUGUCGAAUUAUCGGGAUCUACUUUGACUUUAUGGGAUACUGAAAUACCUGGAUCCAACGUUAUGCCAAAUUAUUUUCAGAUAGUAGACACCAUAACUGUACAUCAUCCUGAUUUAAUGACGGGUAGUAUAAAAAGAAGAAAAUAUAUUUUCAUAAUUCAAAACAAAAAAAAUACCUUGAUAUUUGAAGCCUCAGAUGAACUAUCUAUGACGCGUUGGAUAAGCGCCAUUAGACUUUCUUGUUUUGAAAAACAAAAGCUUCAUCAACUCUUCACUUUUCGGCUUUUAUCAGGUAGUAAUGCUGUCACUAUGAAUAAGCCAUUCGAGAGUGUAUUAUCUCCUAGUGCAUCAACAUUGUCUAUCUUGGAUGGGACAUUGACUAAAAACACUUUCCUUCAGGUGAGAAUCCCAGGAACAUCAAUAUGGCAAAAGUAUUGGGUUGUUAUUGUAGAUAAAAGAAAAGAUGAAAGUCGCAGUAAGCGGUUUGGGAAAAAGUCAAAUACAGUGAUAGAGGAACAAAUUUUACUCUAUGAAACAAAGAAAUCAAAGUGGCCAUCAUGGACUCUCUCUUGUAUAAAGCAGGCAUACGCUAUUUAUCCUGAAUCCCCUCAAUUAAUCGAAAGAGGGUCCAUGAUUCGUUUAGAGUGUCAAAUAAAGCCUGGGAAGCAAAAUGACAUUCAGUUAGGUAGAAAAGCGUCAAUAUCUUCAAAGAUUCUAUCUGAUCAUCAUGAUGAAAACUUUUGUUGGUUUAUGGCUGAUAGAAGUCAGUUAACAAUUCAAUGGCUUUUAGCAGUAUAUGAUACUUUCAAGCUAUACGGAGGUCCUGAAGGUUUAUUUAAUGACCCCUUGAAUGAACGAGCCCUAAAUUUUGGUGAACCAGUACAAGACAUCAACAAGGUUGUUUAUCCAAAACUUUUUUUGGAGACAGAUGAUGUGUUGCAGGUUAUGAAUACUUCUCAUAUCUCGCGGCAAGAGAUUGAAGACGUUUUGUAUAGCCUCAUUUCUAAAAGACAAACUGACCCAAUAGUUGCUACAAGGAGGCCUACAGGAAUACGAGCAAAUAGUUUACCUUUGAUCACUGUAAUAACUACUGGUGCCCUUGAAGAUGAACAACAAGAAAAGAAGUCAGAAAUAUUAAAUACUGAUAAUAAAUCUCUGGACGUUGAAGAUCAAUAUUCAACACAAUUUAAAUUUUCUCAACGAGUAGCUGAUUCAAGUGAUGAAAGCGACAAUGACGAAGAAGAUGAAGAAGAUGAUGAAAUAGAUAGUGAUGAUGAACCUAUUGGCAAAAAAUCAGUAGUAAAUGAGAUAACAACAACACCCGAAGCUAUAUCUACAAAGAAGAAAAUAUUUACAGAAAGUUUUAUUCCUGAUUUCGAUUUUGGUAAUGGAUUUGAUGUACCUAAAGGUCUAACAGAGGUCACAGCUUCAUCAGCUGUAUGUCAAAAGAGCAAGAGAAAAGGAUCACAUCGUAGCAACUCGAUUUCCACUCUUCUAGAUUUAGAUAAUAAGUAUACAAAAGAUGAUGACAUAUUCCUAUCAAGCCUUUCAUUACACACACGUAAGGUUUCAGUGCCAAUAACUACUAAACUAUCAAAAGAGCAUUUACAGCAAAGACGUUCAUCGUUAUCAUUAGAUAAUCGUAAUUUUGCUGAAACCCGUUCUACAUUAUCAUCACCAUCACCAUCACCAUCACCAUCACCACCACCUGCAUCUGCAUCUGCUGCUGCUGCCGCUUCUACAUUAUUUGGUGACUUUAAUUUAGAUAUGGACUUCAAAAAAAUCUUAGACGAGCCUUCAGAUCAUCGAAAAUAUUCACAUUUAACAACUAGCGUAAAAUUAUCUUCUAUGGAAUCAAGUCGUUCAACAUUAUCAAGCAAUCAUCGAUGGGAUAAUGAUUGGAGCGAACAGGAUUAUUUUGAAGAGGAAGAACAAGAAGAGAAAAGUCAAUACGAUGAUGAUUAUCAAACAUAUAAUUCUGAUUUUGAUGGACCUCUAAUUCCCUCUUUAGGUGAUCAUUUUGCGCCUCAGAAUAGCUUAUUAGAUAAUUAUUUGGGGGAACAAUUAAGUGCUAAGGAACAAAUAGAAUAUUGUAAGGCUACUGGGCAACCACUAAUUCAAGUUUCUACUAAAAAACACAGUACUCCUCAAGGAGGCUUAGUAGGUAUGAUUUCACAACGAGAAAAGGAUCGAAAGAAUGGCAAUGGUGCUCGAGUUACCGAAAGAGUUAAUCAACAUCAUGCACAGUUAGGCCAAGAUCGUCUUGAAAGAGAAAGGGAAAGAAAGUUAUUUGAACAAAGACAACAACAAUUUUUAAAGCAUCAAAUAAUUAUGUAUAACAAUGGUUAUGGUAUUACUCCUAUACCAGCAUUGUAUCCUCAUCCCUUUAUGGGGCCUAUACCACCAAUGACUUCGAUGGGUCUAAUACCUCCUUUAAAUCAAAUGAAUAUGACCUUAUUACAGCAACAGCAACAGCAGCAGAUGCAGUAUAACCUAUCUUCACCAUUAUUAUCCUUGCCACCGCAGCAGUUCCAUUCUUCUCCUAUAAAUAGUCCAUCCUCCAGUCCUAACAACUCUAAUUAUGAAGGCUAUAUUAGACCUAUACAUAGUCCUCAUCCUUAUCAUUCUCCAAUGGGAUAUUAUUAUCCACAAGGGCGACAGAGUCCUAGCUUGUCAGCACCCAUUGUAUCUCAUCGUCGAUUUUCUCGCACGCUUUUAGACGAAUCUGAAGAAAGUGGAAGUAGUAGUAGAACUAUAUCACCUAUAUUUAGAAAAAGUCCAAUAUCAUCAACUUCUUCUGGAGUAAGUAGCGUUAGAUCAUAGUUGGAUUUUAUUGUCAUUAUUACUAUACAUGAAUAAACUAUAUAUAAGAUGAAUAAAAGAAAAAAUAAAGCCCUCUUUUGUUCUCUCUCUCU